AGAUUACUCUCGACACCCAGUGUCCAUUGGUCAUGGCUGCUGUCAUCUGUAUUUUCGGGGGAUGUUCUACGGAAGGCGUUUCCGACGUCUUCCAGCUGUUAAUUUAACUUAAAUGUGCCUAAUACAAAGUUCUAGGGAGGACUAAAUUCCCUCGAAAAUGUACGGGGAACUCUGUUUUCCGUUCUGACCUGAAUCGGACGACGGAACCUGAAGAACGAUGCCGCUGUUUAGAAGGAAGCCAGACAAACCAAAUGAAGUAAAGUCGGAUGGCGAUCCAACAGCACAGCAACGAAACAGCCUUGCGGCCAGCACAGCCCAAAAUGGGUUCUUACAACAGGAAGCCAGCGUUGUGCCCGUGGCUCCCCUGCCACUUCCACCUCCAGAGCUCCUUGCUGCGGAGCAGGAGUACGACCCGAACCUGUGCAUGCGCACCAAGUCCCGACUCUCCAAGACGCUGGAGGAGGUGCUGUCGGACAACGGGGCGCUCGCCUACCUCAUCCAGUUCGCCGAGGAGCACGGCACCAAACCCCUGGUUACGUUCUGGAUGGAGGCCGAGAGCUUCCGGAGUUCCUGCCUGCUGCGCUCUCCGCCCUGCCUCCGUCGCUCCCCCUCGCCCAACCGCCGCCCCGACAAGUUCCUCCGCCAGGCGAGGGCACACAAGGGCGGGACGCCGACGCACGACGACGGGCGGUGCGGCGCCACAGAAGAGAAGUCGAGCGGGGACUGCCGCCUCGUGGACAGCCUCCCGGGGACGCGGGUCCCCGCAGUGGGGGCGGAGCUUGACGGGGGGGAGGCACUCGCGGAGGCGGGACUUGCGGAAGGUGGGGCCGGGGGCCUGUUGUCGUGCGGGGCAACCGACGGCGCAUCGACUGUUUCGCCUGCGACUGAGGGGGAUGCGUCGCUGAGCAAGGUGGCGCGGAGGGCGGACGGCUGUGCCGUCGCGGAGAACGGGACGGACAUCAGGCUGCCGGCAAUGCGGAGAAACAGUCUCAGUCAAGAUGCGCUUCACAUAUUCAAUAAGUACAUUGCUCAAAAUGCACCUCUCCCCAUUGGAGUAUCUGAGGAACUUCGGAGUCGAAUCUCAGAUUCUAUCUCCCACGACCACGUAGAGCCUGACUGCUUCCUGCCAGCACAGGAGUUUGUAGUCAGCCAGAUGCAAAAGGAUGUCUUUCCCAUAUUCUUGAGGAGCUCCUACAACUGCAAGCAUCAAGUGGAUGUCCUGACCAGUGGGAAUGUUUCUCUCGCUGACAUCCUCUACAAUGACUCUGCACUCUUCUACUUCAUGGAGUACAUGGAACAGGAGCAGUCCAGGCACCUGGUAGACUUCUUGUUAAUGGCGGACAACUUCCGGAACCACCUGUUGGCUGAGGGUCACUACGAUGGGCAGCAGGCACAGGAGGAUGCCAUGGUCAUCUACGACAAGUACUUUUCACUGCAGGCCACCACAUCGCUUGGGUUCAGUGAUGCCGUACGACUUGAAGUGGAGAUGAACAUCUGUCAAGAAGAAGGUCCAUUGCCCUCCUGUUUCGAGAAGCCCGUCAUGAUCCUCAUGCAGCACUUGGAGAAGAACCACCUGAAGCAAUUCCUCUCCAGUCAGCUGUAUGUCAAGUACAUCUCCGAGUGCAUUGUCACGAUCCAGACUGCCAACAGUGACACAGACUGUAUGAGACGUAAAAAGCGAUCUGGGAGUGACAGCAGUAGCAGCGACCUGUCCCUGGCCUCCCAGACGACCAACACGCUGUUGGCCAUGGACGGCAAGCAGCCCGGCACACCCGUGAGUGGCGCCCGCCGCAUUUUGAGGAACAUCGAGGGCAGCGACAUGAAGAUUGACACUGGACAGUUCAACCCGGACUCCCUUUGGAAGAGGAGCCUCGCGGGGAAACUUCAGAUGGCGCAUGUGAACCACCUGGGCAAGGUCACAACGGAGUUUGAGCCUGAACCUGACAGGAAAUCAGGCUCUAAUCUCACCAAAGCUUUCAAGAAACUAGUCAACUGGGAUGUAGAUAAGACUGAAGAAGAUCUGGCAUGGCAGGUGGCAGAGAUGAUAGUGAAGGACAUCUGCAAUGUGACCUUGUGUCCAGGUCCUGCCUCAGAGGACAAGGGUUAGUGCAACAAACCUAGGUUAUAGGGCAUCACAUGCUGUGAGACAACGGCGCAAAGUAUAAAGAAGAAACAAACACGGUGCCAAGUCCCGCCGGACCCAAAGUGUAGAAGUGCAAUCCCCGCCUCGACCGCCCCCAUCGCGGGGACCGCCGCGAUCGCCAGGGGGCCCCAAGUUUUCGGGGCAUCAUCGUCUCGGAGCGCAAAUGGACAACGUUUAGGAGGGAGGCUGGUGACGCAGUGUGAUACUACGAGGAGCCUCCUCCCGUGGAGGAAGGGCAGCCCCCCUCUCCCUCUAUCCCUCUGCUCCUCCUCUCCUUGCAGAGCGGGUGUGCUGUGGCCACAAAGGGCAUCCUUUUUUUUUUCUGUGCGUACGGAAAGAGAGUGGGUAGCUUGUGCUUUUCGAAAUACCACAAUAAACCUCUUUUUACAGUUA